AGAACUAAUUAUAGAAAUCAAUUCAUUUGGAAAAUUAAAGAUGAAAACUAACCAACAGUUGAUGAUAUUAAACAAAAAUAAUUUCAGUACAAAAAUAUAAUAUUUAAUAGUUAAACUAUUUCAAAAAUAUAUCCAAAUCAAUUACGAUCUAUUUAUUAAGAAUCUUUUAUUUAAAAGAAUCAAAAACCUAUUAGAGUAUUUGUAAAACCAGAAGAGAUUUUAUAAUGUAAUGCUUAUUAAGGUUAAUAUUUAACAACUAAAUAAAUGGAUUAUGAGGGUAAAUAAAUAACAGUCAAAGAAAUUUAAUAGAAACAAUGGAAAGGAAGAUUGA